ACCCUCUACCACUUGCUCCCCAGAUGACUUUCUGUUUGCUGUGUGACUUCUGUGGCAAAGAGCCCGUAAACAAGCCGAAAGAAGAAGGAGUGCAGAGACACUGAAAGGGAACGAGGAACUGAGCUGUGUCAGCUCUGGAUGCUGGAAACUUCUAACUCAGGGAAGUUAUUGGAUCCAAGCUGAAGACAUCUGCAGGUCUGAGUUGAUCCAGGAUGCAGUCCUCUUUUAUGCUGUGGCUGGGGCUUGUGGUCUUUACUGCUUCAGCUGAGUUGAGGCAUCCAGUGAUCAAGUUAAACUCCAAGGUGGUCAAGACAUCUGAAGUGGUGGUUAAAGCAGGAAGCCCUCUGGAUUUGAGGUGUGAGGGUGAUGCUCCUGUAAACUGGCAAACCAGACUACCCAAACACAAACGCUACAUAUCCAAGUUUGAUGGGACUAUACGCACCUUCAAGGUGGAACGUUCCACUGCAGAAUUCACUGGAACAUACAAGUGUUAUUACAUCAACGAUUCGCGUAGUGAACUGACCAACUCGUUGCAUGUGUAUGUAAAAGAUCCAAGUCGUGUUUUCUGGACCAGCAGCACAGCCCUGCAGGUGGUGGUGAAGGAGGGUGAGAGCUACCUGCUGCCCUGCCUACUGACUGACCCGCAAGCUACAGAUAUAAGCCUUCGCAUGAGCAAUGGCACCACUGUGCCACCUGCAAUGAACUUCACUGUCUACAGACACCGUGGCAUUCUCAUCCACAGCCUCCACCCCAGCUUUACUGCUGACUACGUCUGCACAGCGAAGGUCAACGGAGUGGUGAAGACCUCUAAGGUCUUUCUCCUCAAUGUCAUUCAGAAGCUUCGCUUCCCUCCGUAUGUCUUCUUGGAGACAGAGGAAUAUGUACGCAUUGUUGGAGAAGAAGUCAAGAUUCCUUGCACAACACACAAUCCCAACUUCUUUUACAAUGUCACCUGGAAAUAUACAACCAAAUCAAUCCCAGAGGUAGAUGAGAGUGUUCACUCCAAUGGAGAAAAUCGCCUGGACAUAAAGAGCACGCUGACCAUCCGUGCUGUGGACCUCGCAGACACAGGAAACAUCUCCUGCAUCGGUUCUAAUGAAGCAGGGGUGAACAUUUCAACCACAUACCUGUUGGUUGUGGACAAGCCUUACAUCAGACUAUCGCCCCAGCUGUCACCUGAACUGGCCCACAAGGGUCUUUCAGUCGAGGUGAACGAGGGAGACGAUCUGGAGCUCAGCGUGCUCAUCGAAGCGUACCCCUGCAUCACAAAGCACCGAUGGCAGACGCCGACUUCUCCCACCACAUCCACACAGGAGCGCAAGUUCAUCCGAUACAACAACAGAUACCACGCUAUCCUGCAGCUGAAGAGAAUGAACAUACAGGAGCAGGGCCAGUACACCUUUUACGCUCAGAGUGAAUUGACCAAUGCAUCCAUUACAUUUCAAGUCCAAAUGUAUCAGAGACCUGUUGCUGUUGUGAAAUGGGAAAACGUAACCACGCUUACUUGCACUUCAUACGGCUAUCCAGCUCCCAGAAUCAUCUGGUAUCAGUGUUUUGGAAUACGACCCUCGUGCAAAGAAAACACCACGGGGCUGCAGAUGGCAGUCCCUCUCCAAGCUGCUACAGUGGAGAUCCAGAGGGAGGAGUACGGGGCCGUGGAAGUGGAGAGCGUCCUCACUGUGGGGCUUUCCAACAGGAGGAUGACAGUCGAGUGUGUCGCCUUUAACCUAGCUGGCGUCAGCAGUGACACUUUUGCCAUGGAUGUUAAUGACUGGCCUUUUACCCCCAUCCUGAUUGGAGCAGCAGCCGUUUUGACCAUCCUGCUUGUGCUGCUCAUUUUUCUGUUUUACAAAUACAAGCAGAAGCCCAGGUAUGAGAUCCGCUGGAAGAUCAUUGAGGCAAGAGAUGGCAACAAUUACACCUUCAUUGACCCCACACAGCUGCCCUACAAUGAAAAGUGGGAGUUCCCUAGAGACAAGCUCAAACUAGGGAAGAUCCUGGGUGCAGGCGCAUUUGGAAAAGUUGUUGAGGCGACAGCUUAUGGCCUGGGAAAGGAAGACAAUGUGCUGCGUGUAGCUGUGAAAAUGUUAAAAGCCAGUGCGCAUUCAGAUGAGAGGGAGGCUCUAAUGUCUGAGCUGAAGAUCCUGAGCCACCUGGGACACCACAAGAACAUUGUUAAUCUGCUUGGAGCCUGCACCUAUGGAGGUCCAGUGCUUGUGAUCACUGAGUUCUGCAGCCUCGGCGACCUCCUGAACUUGCUGCGCCAGAAGGCAGAGACGUUUGUGCACUUUGUCAUGAAUAUUCCCGACAUUGUGGAAAAUUCUACUGACUACAAGAAUAUCAGCAAUCAGAAGCAGUUCAUUCGAAGCGAUAGCGGGAUCUCAAGUGAAACCUCGAGCACCUACUUGGAGAUGAGACCCACCCUCUUACCGGAGUUGCCAAAUAUGGAAUCAUCUGAUGACCCUGUGUGUGAGGAGACUGGUGACUGGCCGCUGGAUAUUGAUGACUUGCUGAGAUUUUCCUUCCAAGUAGCUCAGGGCCUUGACUUUUUGGCAGGCAAAAAUUGUAUUCACAGAGAUGUGGCUGCGAGGAAUGUGCUCUUAACCAGUCGCAGAGAGGCGAAGAUUUGUGAUUUUGGACUGGCACGGGACAUCAUGAAUGACUCCAACUAUGUGGUGAAGGGCAAUGCACGUCUGCCAGUGAAGUGGAUGGCUCCUGAGAGCAUCUUUGAGUGUGUGUACACUGUCCAGAGUGACGUCUGGUCUUAUGGCAUCCUCUUGUGGGAGAUCUUCUCUUUAGGUAAAAGCCCCUACCCCAGCAUGGCUGUGGACUCCAGGUUCUACAAGAUGGUGAAACGUGGCUACCAAAUGUGCCAACCAGACUUUGCUCCACCUGAGAUCUACACCAUCAUGAAAAUGUGCUGGAAUCUGGAGCCUACACAGCGUCCAACAUUUAGCAAAAUCUGCCAGAUGAUUGAAAGGCUACUUGGGAACCAAACUGAGCAGAAACAGUUAAUGUACCAGAAUGUGCAGCAGCAGGUCACAGAGGGUGAAGGGUGUGACGAGUGCUACGAUGGCCCCUGUGACCAGUCUUGUGACCACGAAGAAGCAGCACAGCCUCUGAUGAAGACCAACAACUACCAGUUUUGUUGAAAAAGCUUUAAAGUCAAAUCAAUCCGUAAAUCAAUCACGUUUUAACAACCAUCAGAAAACUGUGAGGAUUUCUACUUUGUGGCCAAAGAGCCGCAGCUCGUUCCCACCGCCAGAGAGUCGCCUUAUCAGCUAUUUUUCGCCCGAUGUUCCUGCUCUCCAGACAGACAAGCGGCUGCAGCAAGCAUGUGACUUGCUCCUUUGCAUGCAAUGAAACAUGAAAGGAAGAAACAUGUCAACAAACCACACAAGCAUUCAAAGCAGUAGUUUAUUCUCAAUAUUACUCAGUGGCAGACUGUUUAUUAGCCCUUCCUCUGUUCUCUGUUUCAGUUAAAAAUGAUACAGCUUCUCCAAAGAAGAGCAUUUUUUUUUUCUUGUGAGCAUGUUCUUAAUGAUCUACUGCACAUUAUGUUCACUAUGCUUUGUAUUACUGCCACAGGAGAGUCAGAAUUAAGUGUGUUGUCAUCAGGUUGGCUUCCUUUUCAAGAGAAUAAGUGUGCCGUUUUCCUUUCUGGAUUUUGGUCAUGGUUGUAUUUCUUGUGACACACUUAAGAGCAGCUGUUAGUGGGUUGCAGCAUAUGAUUGUUCCACUUCAAUCUAAUUAGUCAGUGUGAAAUAAGAACAGAGAGUACAACUGAACCAGUUGUGGAAGUGGGCAGAUGUGUUACGGAGCAGAAGAACAAUGUUUCAUAUUUGGGGGUUAGUGGAGUUAGCGAGGUGCAACUGAAUCUUGUGCUUUCCUGCGGAGUUAGACGAGUGUUGAUAAGUGAGCUUCAUGCACAUCUGUAUGUAGCAGUCAGCCUACACUGCCAACUGUGUGAAGAUUUCAUGAUUUUAACAUAUAAGCUAUAUGAGAGGUUUCUAAAUGUGCUUUCACCUGAAUGAAACAGAAGUGAGAUGCUGAAUAAUGUAUAUAACACAUGAAUCAAGAAUUAUCUUUAUUUUCACUGUAGAGUAGCUACAUGGACAUUUCAUAUAUCAUAUGUGUGUGCAAAUGAGACAAUCAAUUUUUAAAAAAGCUGCAAAUUAAUUCACUGUAAAACUGCAGAGGCGUUGAUAAAAGCUUUCUCACUGAAACUCCAGGUGCGAAUGUAACGUUUAUAUGCUAUACAACUGGAAUCUUAUAUGUUGCGCACUUAUUUUUUUUCUUUGUGAUAUCUUAUUGUGCUCAUAGAAACUGUGCUGCCUUUAUGCUCGUCUCUCCUCUCUUCCUGUUUUUAUUGGAUAGCAUCCAGUCCACAUUUCCCACAGUGUCUGUCAACAAUUGCACAACUCUAAAAUCUUUAUAGGGAAGUAUUAAUCCUGCUGCAGUUUCUAUAUAAGUCUCGAUUCUUUUCCUUCCCUGUGUGGGUUCAGCUAAAAACGUAUUUCUUUCUCUAAAGUUUCCUGUCAGGUUCAGACAAUUUUCAGAAAGUCUUUGUUUUUGUUUGUGUGUUUUUUGUUUUUACCCGGUGCUUAAAUUCUGUCAUAAAGCUGAGAUGUAACUGAUUUUGAGCAUAAUCAUCAUCAUCACUCUCUCUUCUAAAGACUUGUUCUACUCUUUUUGUCAGCUGCUCUGUGUAAAACUUCAAAAUGAAUCUAUUCUUAUAUACAUGAUGUGCCUUCUUAUUGUAGCUUGAAAUGUAUGACAAACUGUAGAGUGUCUGUUGUGCCACUGUUUUGGUCGUGUCCCCUUGAUAAUGAUCCUCUUUAUUUUAAGUAAAUAUAAAUAUGUUUCAUUGAAAA